AUGAAGAUCACUACCCUUGCUGUGGUUUCUGCCUUUGCGGCUACCGCAAUUGCUGGGCCAAUCCGCCCCGACGGUGUUGACAGCGACAAGUUCCUGAUUGAGCUCGGUCCAGGAGAAACUCAAUGGGUUACCAAGCAACAGAAACAUGAAAUGAGAGCGGCCGGACAUGGUUUCGUUGAUAUCACUGAUGAGUUUGGUACUGGUUUUACUACGACUGAGGUCGUUCCUGCAAACUACCCAAAGGCCGCUACCCAUGCUGGUAUCGUAAAUCCUAUCAUUGCGGGCCUGUCUAAGGAAAACCUGAUGCGCGACCUUAACACCCUGGUAAACUUCCACAACCGCUACUAUGAGUCACCCACCGGUGUUGAAUCUGCUACUUGGGUCUUCAACGAAGUCCAGAAGAUCAUCAAGGCUUCAGGGGUUAAGGGCGCCAAAGUUGAGAAAUUCACCAACAACUUCAAGCAGUUUAACGUUAUUGCUACUAUCCCCGGAGCCUCCAAGGACACUAUUGUUGUUGGAGCCCACCAGGACAGUCUUAACGCGAAGGACCCCAUGAAGGGCCGUGCCCCCGGUGCUGAUGAUAACGGAAGUGGAACCGUUGUUGUCCUCGAGGCCUUCCGAAAUAUCCUAAAGUCCAAGGCUCUCCGGGCUGCCAACUCUACCAACACCCUAGAAUUCCACUGGUAUGCCGGUGAGGAGGGUGGCUUGCUCGGCUCCAACAACAUCUUUAAGAAGUACAAGGCCGAUGGAAGGAAGAUCAAGGCUAUGCUUAACCAGGAUCUCACUGGAUUCACCAAGAAGGGAAACCCAGAGCAGUUCGGCCUUAUCACCGACAACACCAACGCUGAGUUGAACGAGUUCUGCAAGACCAUUGUCAAGAAGUAUGCUGCUAUUAAAAUUCUCGAGGCCAAGUGCGGCUACGCCUGCUCUGACCACGCUUCUGCUCACCGAAACGGCUUCCCAUCAUCCUUCGUUGCAGAGACUAACUUCCGUGGCACCAACCCAUACCUCCACACUGCCGAUGAUGUUAUUGCCAACUUGGACUUCAACCACAUGCUGGAACAUGCUAAGGUUGUUGUUGGAUUUAUGGGUGAACUUGCCAUGACUCCUAACCUGUAA